AUGGACAAAUCAAUAGUCAAACAAUGUAACACAUGUGAAGAACUUGCGGGAUUUUAUUGCAAUGGAUGUCAAAGAAUAUUUUGUCAACGUCAUGCUAACGAACAUCGACAGUCACUUUAUGAACAACUUGAUUGGUUAACUGUUGAUCAUGAUGAUUUUGUUAAUACACUUAAUAGUAAUGAGUCAAUCGCACAGAGACAUUCUUCAUCAAAAAAAAUUAUUGAUAAAUGGGAAGAAGAAUCCAUAAAACAUAUUCAAAAAACGGCAAAUGAAGCUCGAUGUGCACUUAUUGAUGCAAUAAAAAAUCACAUUAAUGAACUAAAAGAAAAAUUAAAAUUAUUAACAGAAAAAUUACAUGAAGCAAAUCAUAAUAAUAACAAUGAUAAUAAUAAUAAUACUUUUGAUGAAAGAAAUAUAAAACAAUGGGUAACAGAUUUACAUAAUCUUAAAAAUGAAUUUAUUGGACAAUCUAGAUUUACUGUUCGUAUUCAUGGCAAUAAACCAGUUGUAAUGCCAAUUAUAAAAAUUCAACCUGAUCCUAUGCGUGAAAAUCAUUCGAAUAAACAACAACAACAACAACAAUGUUCAUUUGGUUUAGUUUGUAUUAAAAAUUCUUUUGAUUCAAACGAAUCGUCUUCUACUAAUGUACAACAAGACAAACCACUUACUCAUGUAUCUGUAGAUCAUAAUUUAAAUUUAUUAUCACAAAAAGAUGAUCAAUUUUCAAUAUGUUCUGAUCAUGUUAAAAUUCUUGAUAAUGGUCAACUUGUUAUUCAUGAUUCUAUAAAAUUUGAUGCGUCAAUAAUUGGAUCUCAUGAAUAUUCUCAAGGUGAACAUAAAUUAUUCUUUCAUAUCGAACAUAUGACUUCUGAUGAAUGGAUUUUUUUUGGUAUUAUAUCCAAACAUACAUUUCUUAAUGAAAAAUCCUAUAUGGAUUCAUCAGUUCAUGGCUGGGCUGGAUAUGAUAAUGUUUAUAUAAAUGGAAAAUCGAUGCCUACUCUAAAUGGAUAUCUUGAUAAUAUGAAAAUGAAUGAUUUUAUUGAAUUAACAAUUGAUUGUAAUAAGCAAAGAAUUUUUUUAUGGCAUUCACGUCAAACAUGUAAAAAUAAACUUCCUGUUGAUAUACGAGCAUGUCCAUUUCCAUGGCGAUUUUUAAUAAGUUGUCAUAAUCCAAAUGAUACUAUACGUAUUUUACCAUCAUCAAUGACUUCAAUAAUAAAACAAGAACAAGAUAAAUUAAAUAAUACUAUGAAAAUAAAAGAAAAUGGAUUUAAAAAAGAAGAUAAUUAUUUUCCAAUUCAAUGGGAAACAAAUACAACGGACACAGUUCAAUGUAUUUAG